AUCUCUGACCCUCUUCCUAUUCUUCACAAGUUCUAUCAGCCAGGAGACUUCCUCAUCAUUGGCAUCAUUUCUCAGAUCUACGUCUUUUCCUCUCCAGCAACUUUUGAAAAACAGCCCUCUCCUGAACUUUAUGAUGACAUUCUCCAUUUUAAUCAAAGAUGGACCAUUCAUGCUUCACUGGAACUUCUUUCCACAAAGAACAGAUUCAUCCCAAACUACAAAUGUGACAUGCAGAACAAUCCUUUAGCAGUAAUUGGGGGACCAAACUCUGAUGUCUCUCUCCCCAUACCAACGAAUCUCUGCAUCUACAAGAUUCCACAGCUCAUAUAUGGCGGCACUCAAGUGAUGAAAAACGACUUCCUCCACUGGAUGUUUCCAAAGGGGAUUCAUCAAUACAAGGGGAUUCUCCAGUUACUCUUGCAUUUUGAGUGGACAUGGAUUGGGUUUAUUUAUUUGCAAGAUGACAAUGGAGAGAGAUUUGUACAGGAUAACUUGCAUAUGUUUUCUGAGAGAGGCAUCUGCUUUGCCUUUAUAGAAAGAGGUCCACCAUUUGCUUUUUCCAAUGACAUUGCUACAACAGUGGAGGUGGCAUUGACAAAAAUGAACACUGUUUCAGAAAGCACUGCCAAUGCAUUGGUCAUAUAUGGUGAAAUACAGACCAUGUUGGUUUUCAUACUAAUGCACAACUUGGCAGACUUGGAGAAUAUACCAGUUAAGGCAAAAGGUAAAGUCUGGAUUAUGAUUGCUCAGAUGGAUUUCACAUCACUUGGAUCUGAAAGAAGUAUGGAUCUUCACUCCCUCCAUGGGGCUCUUUCCUUUGCAUUGCACACAAAAGAGGUGUUAGGAUUCCGGCAAUUUCUUCAGAUGAGAAACCCAAUUUCAGAGAAAGAUGAUGGUUUUCUCAGGGUCUUUUGGGAAGAUGCAUUUAAUUGUCAUUUCCCCAACAACAUUGCAGAUGAGAAGGCUGAGGAAACCUGCACCGGGGAGGAGAAGUUGGAGACUCUUCCUGGAUCUGUUUUUGAAAUGAGCAUGACUGGCCACAGCUAUAGUGUCUACAAUGCUGUCUAUGCUGUGGCAUAUGCUUUGCAUGCCAAGCAUUCAUCUGAAUCUAAUCAAAGAGGAAGGGUGGAUGCAAGCAGACGAAACCUUCCGUAUCAACUGCCAUGGCAGCUCCACCACUAUCUGAGACGUGGAUCAUUUAACAACAGUGUUGGGGAGAAGGUUUCUUUUGAUGAAAAUGGGGAAUUAGUUGCUGGAUUGGACAUCAUCAACUGGGUCACAUUCCCAAACCAUUCCUUCUGUAGACUUCAAGUUGGAAAGAUAGAACCAGAGGCUCCCCCAGACCAGGUAUUCACCAUUCAAGAGGAUGCCAUUCAUUGGCCCAGCAGAUUUAACCAGGCACAGCCCCUUUCUGUGUGUAAUGACCAUUGCCAUCCUGGUUAUAGUAGGACAAAGGGAGAAGGAAAGCCAUUUUGCUGCUAUGAUUGCCUUCCAUGCCCAGAAGGAAAAAUUUCCAACCUUAAAGACAUGGAUGACUGCAUCCAAUGUGCAGAAGAUCAUUAUCCAAACAAUGGCCAGGAUUUUUGUAUCCCCAAGACCAUCAGCUAUCUCACUCAUGAAGAACCAUUGGGGAUCAGUUUGAGCAUUUUUGCUCUGUCCUUUACUUUCAUCACAGCUUUUGUGUUAAGAAUCUUCAUUAAGCACAAGGACACUCCCAUUGUAAAAGCCAACAACCGCAGCCUCACCUACACUCUCCUCAUCUCCCUCCUUCUCUCCUUCCUUUGUGCUUUGCUCUUCCUUGGCAAGCCUGAAAGGAUCACAUGUUUCCUGCGACAAGCUGCUUUUGCCAUCAUCUUCUCUGUGGCAGUUUCUUGCAUCUUGGCUAAAACCGCCAUUGUAGUUCUAGCUUUCAUGGCCACCAAGCCAGGGUCCAGCAUGAGGAAAUGGGUGGGGAAGAGAUUGGCCUACUCCAUUGUUCUUUGCUGCUCUCUCAUUCAAGUCACAAUUUGUACAGUGUGGCUAGCAACUUCCCCACCAUUCCCAGAUCUAGACAUGACCUCCAUGGCUAAAGAAAUGAUCCUGGAAUGUAAUGAAGGCUCCACUGCCGUGUUUUAUUCUGUGCUGAGUUUCCUAGGUUUCCUGGCUACAGUGAGCUUCAUUUUGGCUUUCUUGGCCAGGAAGUUACCUGACCGUUUUAAUGAAGCCAAGUUUAUCACCUUCAGCAUGUUGGUCUUUUGCAGUGUCUGGUUAUCCUUUAUUCCAGCCUACUCGAGCACAAGCAGGAAAUACAUGGUAGCUGUGGAAAUAUUUUCCAUCUUGGCAUCUAGUUCUGGGUUACUCUCUUGUAUCUUUUUCCCAAAAUGUUUUGUAAUUUUGCUAAGACCUGAUAUGAACCAAAGGGGAGAGCUGAUAAGAAGAAAGAACUAA